AUGGGCGGCGGUAGUCACUUACCAUCAGGACUUGAUCCAGCUCGUCCUUUAGUCAGUGAAUAUGGGUCCCGUCGUUUUCGCUUGGGUCGAGAAGACGCUCAUGUAGUACAAGUUUUCCAUACAAACGCUGGAUUCCUCGGUGAGGUGGGUGCCGUUGGUCACGCCGAUUUCUGCAUCAAUGGUGGACAAAGACAACCUGGCUGUAAAGGACAUUUCAUGCGUAGAUCACGUUGCAGCCAUUUUAUGAGCUCCUGUUACCUCGCAGCGAGCAUACGUCGACGUUUGCAUAUAAUUGGCGUGCCUUGUGACAACACAUGCCCCAAACAAGGCCGGUGGGGCAUUCGAUACGAUAGGAAACCUAUUGUUCUUGGAGAUGAAAUUCCUGAUUCAACAAGGGGUAUGUUUUGCGCGAAAGUAGAUCACGACGAAAACUGUCCAUUCGAUUGA